AUGGCUACCCUCCAUGAUGCCCUUCAAUGUCUCAAGCCAACAUCCUGGGACGUAGUCCCCCAAACGCCCGACGAACUGCGACAAUAUGUGCGCGAUAUGUUCAAGAAUAGCCGUCUAGUCGCCGAAUCUCUUCCAGACCCUCCACCCCACGAAGAUGGAAAUGGAACCGGGGAUCCCUCUAAUACUACACAUUCUGCCCGCGUCGUGCCGUCGGCCGCACGAGUCGGAGAGACAGAUCCGGAGAUUACCUCUUUGCAAAAGGAAUGGGGUAAACCGCUUAAGAUGGGUGGGCCAAAGGACAACCCUCUCGGCGUGACUGUGUGGAAAUUAUCCGCGAACGAUGGAGGCGGUUCGUGGUUUGGGCGACGGAGUGUUCAUGAAGGUCUUCCUUUUGCGCGAUGGCAGGAGAAAAUGUCGUCGGAAUAUGAUGAAACGCUCAAGCUCAACCGCAAGAAGAUUGAAAAGGGCCAAACGCCUGAUGAAUGUGUUCGCGGGAUCGGGGCUGAGGAGAAGGUCGAAUCCAUUGAGGUUAAGGAUGAUGAUGGAUCUGUCCUCGGCCAGGUCACGGUCUAUCAUGUAUCGGCUCAAUUUCCUAAGCCUACUGCUCCGCGAGACUUUGUGGCUUUGAUCAUUACUUCGGAGGCUGGGUUGCGAGUUGGUGGGACGAAACAGCUGGGUCGGAGUUGGAUGAUGAUUUCCAAGCCAGUUGACCACCCUGAUGUGCCGCAUAAAAACGGAUAUACCAGAGGCGAGUACGAAUCAGUGGAACUCAUUCGUGAGAUUCCGCGAAAGAGCAACGAUUCCAGUUCGACCAGCGAUGGAGAUGCUAAGAAAUCGGACAAGGAUGCGCCGGAGAAUGACGAGGACGAACCGAACCCCGUUGAAUGGAUUAUGGUCACUCGAAGUGAUCCGGGUGGCAGCAUUCCCCGAUGGAUGGUGGAUAAGGGCACGCCUAGGAGUGUCGGUGCCGAUGCUGCCAAAUUCGUUGACUGGGCGAGCAAGGAUGAAACCCCCGGGAAAAAGCCAUCUGACAAUUCGAGUCAGAAAUCCCAAGAUGCUACCAAGUCUGAUGCCGAUAGUGUCAAUUCCGAUGACUACCACUCAUACUCAGACUCAAACUCGGAAUCAGACUUCACCGACACCGACGCCCAGUCUCACCACGGCCUAAUCGCAAGUGUCACUGGCUUGCUCAACACCGGUAUUGAACGGUUUGCACCCCAAUCAGUGCUAGAGUACAUACCGCACCACCAUCAGUUACCCCCCGACACGCCAAUUGAGAAUCAGAUGUCUAGAGCGAGUACCAAUGAAGCGCCAACAUCGCAUCCGAGACAGCCCAGCUCUACUGGUGAUACCGGAUCAACGAAGACUCGCGAGCCAGAUCAAGGCUCUUUGUCAUCAGUUCAGUCUGAAGGAAAUAUACCAGGACUCGAGCACAACAAUCUGCCCCCAGCCGAACUCAUAAAAAUGACCAAAGCCGGCAAAUUAAAUCACCACGAGAAAGAACUCGCCAAGCUCGCCCUACGGAAGCGUGAAAUUGACGCAAAGCUCGACACCAUCCGCUCGAGACUAGACAAACUCCAACUUCCCUCACAAAGCAAUCCCUCCACACCCUUGAAGGGCGCCUUCGAUCUCGCAGAUAGCAGUGAUCAGAGCGGUAUGCUCAAAAAGCCAUCAGAGAAACGCUCCUCGACACCAGCCAGCUUCGCAACACAGAAAAGUCAGCAAGCGAGUAGCAGUGACGGACAGUCAUCUUCGCAGACCAAGACGCCGCAAAACUCAGAGCCAGCGCUCCCUGUCCAUAAGGCUGCGACGCAACUUUUCAGUGAGGAAGCUAAGCUGCUCAAACAGCUGCGCAAGGUUGAGGGGAGUCAGUUGAAGGUUGCGUCUAAGAUUGAGGAGAGGCGGAAAAAGGAAGCGGAUCGGGAAGAGAAGUCCAAGUCCAAGUCUGAGGAGAAGCACAAGAAGGAGACCGAAAAGUUUAGCUCUAAGUCUGAGGAAAAGCUGAAGAAGGAGGCGGAACGGGAGGAGAAAUCAAAGUAUAAGGCUCAGGCGGAGAGUCUUAAAGCUGAGGUUAAGGACCUGAAGAAGGAAAUUUCCAAAUUGCGGGACGACAGACAGAAAUGGAUUGAUUUGGUUGCUUCGUUGCAGGCGGAGAAUACGAAGUUGGCCGCAGCGUCUAGUCAUGACUGA